AUGAUGUGGCGGAUUGGGUUACGUUGGCUGUGCUGGGCUGCGGCUUUGCUGGGGUUGCUGGUUUCGGCGCGUGAUGUGUCGCACGUGACACAUGUCCAUGUCGUUCAGACGUGCCAUCUGGACGUCGGAUUUGCUGAUACUGCUGCGCAUGAGCUCGACAACUACAAAAAGUACCUGCUGGAGGCGAAAACAACUGCCGAGUGGUUCCAACAACAUCCUCCAGGCCAUGGCGAAGGUCUUGUCUUCACGACCCAUCCCUACAUUGUCUCCCUACUCUUGGACUGCCCGCCUGGAAUGGGGUUUACCUGCCCAACCCCGACAGAGCAAGACCAGAUUCGAGCCGCUCUUCGAAAUGGAGACGUGGUCAUGCAAGCUUUCCCCCACAACUCGGAGACCGCUACCUUCUCGUCCGCUUUCUUUGAGGAGGCUCUACAGUUGGGCAAGCGCUUGUCUGUGCAACUCAACAUCUCCAGUCCCUUGGUCAUGACCCAGCGGGACGUCCCAGGCGCCACACGGGGCAUGAUCCCACUGCUGGCUCGAAACGAUAGUCGCACUGAGGUCCUGGCCACAGUUCAUCCCUACGGCUAUGGCGGAAUCACGCUUGAGGAUUGCAUCGUUCUGGAUGGGCUCAGCCAUGCUCUAUGCCCAGACUACAACAACGAUAACGCCGGCCCGUGGAGUGUAGACCAGAUCCAAGACCACUGGGCCUCAUUGCGGUCCGAAUUUACCAAUGCAACUGUUUUGCCAUCCUCUUUUGAUGCCUUUUUCCGGCUGCUCGACCCUAUUCGUGCUCAGCUACCCAUCGUCGAAGAUGAGAUUGGCGACACGUGGAUCUAUGGCGUUCCUAGUGACCCUGUCAAGAACACGCAGUAUCGCGAAAUGUUGCGUGCCUGGGAGGACUGCCAGAGCCAUGGCCAAUGCAAUGCUUCAGAUCCAAUUUUGCUCAACUUUACUCGGCUGCUCCUCAAAAACCCAGAGCACACAUGGGGUGGUGAUGUCAAGAACGUUCUGGGCGACGUGACCAAUUGGGAUAAUACAGCCUUUUACCCCCUUCAAUACAACGCCAGCAACUUUCUGGCCAUUGCAGCAACUUGGAACGAGCAACGCGACUGGGGUCUCACGUAUCCAAUGCAGGCCUUGGGGGGCCAUCCCUUGGCCAACGACAUCAGACAGCGGCUCCAAGAACUCGAGCCUCGUUCACCCGGCCUGUCGGGCUAUCAGAAGAUCUCUGAUCCCACGGCGAUGCUGACCUAUGAGUCGUUGCGGCUGCAAUUCAAUGCAGCUGGUGGACUUGUUCAACUUGAGCAUGGGGGCACCUCCUUUGCUUCGACGCAAGAUGUGGUCGCUCUCUUUGAGUACCAGUCACACACGCCAGAUGAAUACGACAAGUUUUUCAAUCAUUACUUUGAGCUUAUUGAGGGGCAAAUUCCAAGCUACGCCCCCAAAGACUUUGGGAAGCCCGGACUCAAUACGAGUCAGUAUGGCAAUUGGAAGCAGACAGCGCAUGCCCAGUUGGUUGCAGCAUUUGAACGGCAAAAAGACGGUGUGACGGACCUGCAGCUGGAGCUGGUCAUGAAUACAAACUUGACCAAGCACUAUGGCGCGCCUGCCACGGUGUGGCUUCACUAUCAGUGGGCGACGGCCAACCCAAGCCAGUUGCAGCUGACUGUGACAAUCCUGAACAAGCCAGCCACGCGCUUGCCGGAGAGUCUUUGGCUCCGCUUUGAUCCAAGCACCGAUCUAUCAAACACCAACUAUGGCUGGUCGAUGGACAAGUUGAACACCACCCUUCAUCCGCUGGAUGUGGCCAUCAAUGGCUCGACGGUUUUGCAUGCGGUGAGCGGAAGCGUGCAUUACACGGGGAAUGACCGACGGCUCAGCGUGACGGCUCUUGAUGCUCCAGUCAUAGCCUGGGGCCAUCCAACUCCCUUUCCAGCUUGCUGUGAUGCGCUACCAGACCUGAACCAAGGUUUCAGCUCCUGCCUGUACAACAACAUCUGGGGUACCAACUACAUCAUGUGGUUUCCUUAUCGCCCGGAGGAGACAGGGUUCAUCUCGCGCUACCAGAUUCGUCUGGGUUGA